AUGAAAUUUUCUCUUCUGGUUCUUGCUUGGUUUGUAUCAGUUGACGCUUCUGCAAGAGUUCUUAUCGGGAAAAAUCUGCUCAGCACAUAUCCCCUUGCUCAUAAACAAAACGUGUUUGAAUAUCAAAUUGUCAAUAUCGGAAACACUUCUGCUAUCAAUGUGGAACUACACGAUCGCGAUUCUUUCCCUACCGAUCGAUUCGAAAUUCUGAAAGGAUCGCCAAACACGAAGUUCGCUGAGAUUCUUCCUCAAAUGACGGUCUACCAUCACGUUGUCGUUGUUCCUCGGAAUGUGCAGCCUAUUGAAGAUAAGAACGUGACUGUUGAUUACACCGACUCGGAGACGAAGCAAGUCUCUCACGUUUCAACACUGUGGUACUCCAAAGGAAGAUUCACUCAUUACCUUCACGAAGACGCGCUGAAGGAUGUGAUCGGAACAAGUUCAAAACCUUUCCUCGGAUUUGCUGCAAUUGCUCUCCCAUUCACUGUUCUGUCUUCAUUGUUCUAUUUCCGUUCCAAAUCUCGCUAUUCGGUCACAAAGCAAAACUGA